AGGGUGCCAGUCCGGACAGCUCUGAAUGGCCUGCGAAAUGGCUGAACUGCGCAGCCUCACCGCAGGCGCCAAAGUACAACAUGAUGAAUUGACUACCUGCUCUGCUAGACCGGAAAACCACUCUGGUCCGGUGGGAACCCUGAUUGCAGUCACCCUUUCGUCGUCGUCGCCACCUCGUUCCAUUGACUGCUCCUUCACGUGCCUGGUCGUCUCCUUUCCGUGAGAGCAUCUGGGCUUCCCAAUGGAGCCCCAAACCCAUGCAACUGAUGACCAGCUCUUUCCCAGCGAUGAUCCAGUCCCCGAGGAUGACAUUGUGCUUCAAACCACGCGGCCAAACCCAUGGAGAGGGCCACCGCCUGAGGUAUUCAAUGAUGGCGUCACUGAACUGUGGGUACCCACCACCGAAGACAUAGUUGCCGACCUCUGCUUUGUUCAUGGGCUGAAAGGCCAUCCAAGGAAAACUUGGCAAUACAAGAAGGCGACUACGUCAGAAAAAAGGGAGAAGGAACAAAAGUGGAAAAUAUUCAGCCUCUCCAUCGGAGCCGGUGCUGGGUCCAAGCAUCAGUCUCCUGAAGGGAAUGACCAGACAGGAGGCUGUUACUGGCCGCUCGACCUUGUACCAAAAGAUUUCACCAAUUUGCGAGUCCUCACGUAUGGCUAUGACUCCCAUCCAACUCAUUUCUGCGCAAGCCAAACCACCCAGAUGACCAUAAGUCAGCAUGCCCAGCAACUCCUUCAACAAGUCACAAAUGCUCGAGCCGAUUGCCGUAGAAGACCAAUCAUUUUCGUUGCGCACAGCCUCGGGGGAGUACUCGUCAAGGACGCCAUAAUCCAGUCUGGCAAAUAUGCCGAUCAGCCACAUCUUCAAGAUAUCAGCACCUCAUGUCACGCAAUCUGCUUCUUCGGGACUCCACAUAGGGGCUCUAAUGCAGCCAGAUAUGGCGAAACAUUGGCCAAUCUAAUCAGCAUUGCGCCUGGCAGUCCCAGUGCAUACAAGGAAGUUCUCAGAGGAUUAAAGCUGGAUAGUGAAAAAUUGAACCAAGCCGAGGCCGACUUCGGCUCACUCCUGAACAAAAACAUCCCAUCCAGUUAA